AUGGAUCUCAAACUUCGCCGAGCUACCGUAGAUGACAUCCCGCAACUUCAUCCGCUCAUCGAUGCUUCGGUCCGAGGUCUUCAAAUUGACCAUUACUCGCCAGCUCAAAUAGCCGGUGCUCUUAAAUCGGUAUACGGCGUUGACACCCAACUCAUCAAGGAUGGAAACUACUUCGUAGUGAGCUCUGGAGAUCUGAUCGUAGGAAGUGGAGGAAUAUCUUUUAGGUCCACGUUAUAUGGAGGAGAUCAAUUUGCGACACGAGAUUCCAAGCUUUUGGAUCCUGAAGUAGAUGGCGCCAGAAUUCGCGCAUUUUUUGUUCAUCCUGAUUGGGCACGCAGAGGAAUCGCUGGUAUGAUUAUCCGGGCUUGUGAAAAUGCUGCUGUAGAGGCGGGAUUCAAGAAGGCGGAGAUCGGCUCAACUUUGAGUGGAGUCGCUUUCUAUGAGAAAAUGGGAUAUGAGGCGUUGGGCAGAUCCGAUGCUCCUCUCGAUGAUGGAUUGGUAUUAGAGAUUGUGAAAAUGGGAAAGAGUUUGCUUGACCAUUGA